GUGCUCUCGCAUUAUGGAGUGACAUGCCACUUGCUGUGGAUCUGGAGCGCUACUUUGCCAAUGAGAAUUGGAUGAAAUAGGUUGUUGGAGGGAGCGCAUUGAGAAAGUAGUGGUCAUUGAACAUCCGACCACACGUAGUUUGAUGAUUGGUUGAAACUUAAAAACGUUUAUCUUAGGGGGAACUCAAGAUGGUGUGGUUUCAGUGCGAAGAUUGUGGUGACAAUUUGAAGAAACCGAAGCUUGCGGGUCAUUUUAAUUCCUGUUCUGCCAGCAAGCUUUCUUGUAUUGACUGUGGAGUUGUGUUCGACAAGCGCACGGUUCAGUUUCAUACGUCAUGUAUUUCGGAGGUGGAGAAGUAUGGACCGAAAGGUGACGGAAAGGUAUCAACGAACACACCCAAAAGUGGUGCCCAGAAGAAACCAGCUGAUGAUGGAACCGACAUAAGCGUGGGAUUGUCGACCCAUCCCCCCUGGAAAUGCAGCUUGUGUAAUGUGAAUACGACAAGCCAGGAGAAUCUGCAGCUACACGCGGAGGGGAAAAAGCACCGUGCCAAGGCGAGAGCCGUGGCUCGGAAGGAAGCAGAGAACCAAGGGGCAGCAUUGAAGAAGGGGAAUGGUGAUGGGGAGGCUCAGGGCGCAGCAGAAAAGGCAAAGGAGCCAACAAAUGGAGUUGAUGGGGGAGAGAAUGGUCAGGAGUCAGAGAAGAGCAAGAAGAAGCGAGCCAGAGAGGAGGAGGAGGAAAGAUCAGGUACAGGGGGAGUGAAAAAGACCACAGAAGAGAGUGAAAACCCGGCGGCUGGCGCAGGUGAGGAGAAUGGGCAGAAAAAGAAGAAGAAGAAAAACAAGGAAAAGAGGGCGGAAGCUGACGGCACUGAUGCAGGCGAGCCGAUGAGAAUAGAUGGGAAAGAGGGAGAUGUGGGCAGCAGCCGGGGUGUUGACGGUAGUGGAAGCAAGGAUAAAAAAAGUAAGAAGAGUGAACAGGAGGAGACUGCUGGGAAGGAUAUUGGCAAAAAGGAGGAGGGUGGUGGGGAAGCUGGCGUGAAGUCUCCGGUGACAACUAAGGGUGGCGGUGAGAUAUCGCCAGAAACGAGCAACAAGAAGAAGAGGAAGAAGAGGAACAAGAGGAAGAAGCCAAGCUCCAAUGAGGCUGAGGGUGACGACGAGAGCAACGGGCCAGCUGCUGUGAAGUCUCCAGUGGUGAAUGGGGGCGGCGUUGAGAUGUCGCCAGGAACAAGCAACAAGAAGAAAAGGAAGAAGAGGAACAAGAAAACGAAGCAGCCAAGCUCGAAUGAGGCUGGGGGUGACGGCGAGAACAACGGCAAGAAUGGCGGCGAGGCGCAGCAGGAGACGCCAGAGAAGAAAGACGAUUCAACAAAGGGAACAGGGGAUGCCAAUGCUGAUGCCAAGCAGAAAAAGGCGUCAGGCGCGGAGUUGGGAAAGCAAGGUUCUACUGAAAACGAGAAAGAGCUUGUCGAGGGUGACCGUCAGGAAGAUGGUGAGCCAAAGAAGAAGAAACAAAGGAAGAAGAGGAGAAAAGGAGAUGGCGAUGGAACGGAUGCAAAGGCGAAAGAGUCCAUUGCGGAGCGAAGACCGGAAAAUGGGCAAGCCAGUCAAGAGCCAGCCAAGCAAGCUGCGGCGGAUAGGAGGAAAGACGGGAAAGGUGCGGAGCGGCCCCGUCUACUGAGCGAAGGCAAAUGGCAUGACGCCUUCAGGACGGCCUUCAAGAAUGCUCCCGAUGGACUGUCGCUGAAGAAGCUGCAGAAAUCCGUUUUGCCUUUAGCUUUGCAGCAGGCGGAAAAAGGCACUAAGGAGGAUGACCUACGAGCUGAGCUCAUCAAACAGAUUCAUCAGAAUCGGCAAUACGCUGUGGAUGGGAAGAUGGUUCGGGUCGUCACAGCUUAGAGAGGAGGAGCGAGUGUGCGUGAAAGUCCUUAGCUGGAAGAAAUGCAAAAAGUGCACUGCACCCAAGACCGGUUCAGGGAAGCUUAUCGCCAAUGUGAAGAAAAUGAUCUUCGUUCGGUUGCUUUGUCGCUUUGCAUUGUUUCCUGUCUGGCUGAAUUGUGUGUAUCUUGAUUGUGAGUGUACGUCUCUUUGAUGAGCUUAUUAUUGUUUUUCUUUCUUCCAAGCGCCUUUUGCUGUUUACCCAGGGAGAGCUCCUGUCGGUUGUCCCGUUUGGCGGAAACAGCCGUACCCCUGGUGAGCAUUAUUAGCCUCGUAGCCAUGGAGUGGAGAACCAGUCUUCAACCCCUGCCCACCUGACCAAGGGGAGCUGGCAAUGAUGGGGAUAUGUGAGUUGGUUAUGAAUGCUAGCCAGCCGGAGACCAGUCAGAAAGAUUAGGCUGUGUGCGUGUGUGCGUGUGUGUGUGUGUGUGUGUGUGUGUGUGUGUGUGUGUGUGGCUGCUAGUCUGGUGCUAAUGCAGGAGGGAGAGGAGGCCCUUCAUCUUGGCGGCUUAGUGCAGCGGAAAUAUCCCACUAAACAAGGGGUGUGUCGAUAGAGUGCGGGUUGUUGUGUAUAUCGAGGUGUGAAGCGGGUGGGUGAUCAUCAUUUCGGGUGUCUUGGGAGUGGAAGAUGAAGAGGUGCAGGGGUCCUCGAGUGCUCUGUACUGAAAUUUUGACAGUAGCAGUGUUGAGUGGGGUGGUUCCAUUUUCCGGCGGCCGCGCUAGUUGUCGAUAAAGAGAUCAAUGGAAUUUAUCGCGAGUGUUCGCGUACAAAUUUUUGACUGUCGCAGUUCUGAGCAAGCAGGGGCUUCGAGUGGCAUCUUCUUUGUGGAUGGGCAUGAGGUGGUCGGAAGGUUUUCGGUUGACAACAAUUUGUCGACGUCGUCAUCGUCGUCAAGUGAGUGUUCCCAUCGUUGCUUAAUGGUUUUGGUCUAGGCGACGCACUCCCGUGCAUGCCUCUCUUCUACCACUUGUCGUCAUUUUGUCAUGUUGUCAUCAGUUAGGUCAAAACAAAUGCGACACAAUCCU